GUGUACGCCUCGCGAGAAUUCGCGUGUCUUCAUGUCAUUUCCCAUGGGGCUCUCUCCAUGAGCCGUGCUGCAGGAGCGGCUUAUGGUGAAGGCUGCGCCCCCCGCAGCGCCACCGCCCCGGAACCUGUACCAGCCGCAGCUGGAGAGCGCUGCAGAAGAUGCCGCCUUCCGCGCGCGCCGGAGCCGCUUCGAGCGGGAGAUGCUGCUGGAAGCCGAGGACUUGGGACUGCUACGGAAGCUGGAUCGAGAGGUAGCAGACCUCAUCAUGAGCGAGCCGCCCUUGCUGACGCUAGAGGCCACCCUUGAGCGCUGCCGCAAGAGAUUGCGCGAUUCCAACUUGGAUGAUUUUCUGGUGCAGAUCAAGGACCUUGAGGAGGACUGCGAGCUGGAGGAUAGCCUUUGCUCGCGCCUGCGUGCGCUGCCCUGGCCUUCCAUCCAGGUGAUCCUGGGCCAGGAGCGGCACUGGUGCCCCGAGACGCAGCGGCGGCAACUGCAGGACUCUGUGAGCCUUCUGGAGCUCCAGGCCCAACGCAGCGCGCCGAAGCCAAAGACGAAGCCGAAGGCCGAGCCCAAGGCCGAGCCCAAGGCCGAGCCCAAGGCCGAGCCCAAGGUAGCGGCUAGCAUCGAUAGCGUUUCCUAUACCAAGAAUCUCAUCAAGCAGAUCACUGGGCAUGACGCGGAGCCUUUGAAGCCCAAAGAGGCCAAGCCAAAACUGGAGAAAGCGGAGGCCUCGCCGCUUCGGAGAACCUCUCCGGCGAGACCUGCACGCAAGGCAGCCAAGUCCCCACUGGAGCACCAGAUCCAAGGCAUCAUUGACGAGCACAAGCACAGCGAAGACUUUGAGCGCGAGGUCUUCCACUGGGUGCAGAACUCGGGCAUGAAGCCGGAGGUUGGCCUGGUGCUGCAGAUGCUGAGCAGCACAGCAGCUUGGGGGGUGAUGCGGAUUUGCCAAGGCACUUGCAAUGUGAGCCAGUUCUUGCAGCAGGUGCAGCUGGUGAACGGCCAAGCCGCAGCUCUGGGACAGCUCUUGUGCACGCCCCGGGCCGAUGCUUGGGCAGCGGCAGCCUACUACGGGAACUGGUACCCAGGCUACUACUGGGGCGGCUGGCCAAUGCAAGCAACCAAGGAGGAGAAGAAGUCAAAGAAGUCCAAAAAGGACAAGAAGAACAAAAAGAAGAAGGACAAGAAGAGCAAGGCAACGGCUGGAAAGCGCAAAGCAUCAAGUUCCAGCGAGGAGAGUAGCUCCCGGCCAGUUGCGCGCGGUGGGGUUGCGCACACGCCCGAAGGUCCCUGCGCCGCGGCGGCCCCGGCGGCCGCCGCUAUGGAGAAGCCGAAGUCUGUGGCGGACCGUCUCGCCGCGCUGCUGGACAGCGUGGAGGAGAGCGCCGAGCCAGGACCCUCUGCGGCGCCUACAAAACGACCGACGGAGGCUGCAGCUCCUGCUGAGGUUCUAAAGCCUCAGGCCGCCCCACCAGGGCCUUCGGAAGUUGCAACCGAGAAGGAGAUCUCGGCGUCAAGUCAUGAGCUUCAGAUGCGACACUGGCUGGAGUCCCUGGACAGCAAAGGCUCGCUGCUGCAGUAUUUGCCAAAGCUGAAGGAGGAGUUCGAUGCAGACUUGGGUCAGCUGACUUCAGUGAGGCUCGCCAACGCUGAGGGCGGCGUUCUCUCCAGCAUCGACUCCACUUUCUGGCAGGCCAUCGGAGUGGUGCGUAUGGGCCAUCGGCUUCUCUUGGCCAAGGCCAUCCUGGCGCUGUGAUGCGAUCGGCCCGGAAGAAAGUGGCUGGGUCCGAAUGUAAGCAGUGCCCCAGACCGAGUCAUAGCCAUGGGGAUUGCCUGAGGC